AUGAUUGGAAGGUGUAAUUGUGAAAAGGCUGGAUGUGAUGUUGGCCGAAUACGAAUGGGGCCCGGGGACGUGAUCCCAAUCCGGAAUCCGCCCCUUCCUGUUUGCCCUGCACUUUGUGCACAACCGCUGGCCCCCUCCUCUAAUUGGCUAUACUACUCCCACCCCUCGUCUCCUUCAUUAUUUCAUUUGGUUAAUUUAUUUUGGACUGUCCCGGGGAGGGUGGAUCGUGCCCCGGAGCGAUGGCAGGCUGCGGGGGCCCUUUGGUCAAACUCUGCCUCAGUGCUAGGCCCUUUGAGGGCUAUCGGGAUUGUGAAACUGACCUGCCAGCUUCGAACACUUCGCAAGAAGUUGCCCAACCGCAGCACAGAAAAAAAAAAAAAUUCCGGCGGUUAUAGAGCGCCUAUGCCCAAAGGUCAGGAUGGAAUCACGACAGACGGCGUGACCCAAAGGAAAAAGGGAGAGUCCUCCCGUGACGUCACGACCACCCAUCCUCGUAGCUCACUGCUCUUCCCUAAUUUACUACCUCGCUGCAGUGACAGCUGUUCACCAGUUACUACAAGCUGUUAA